CAUAUUUCUCUCUCUUCUUUUACACCCUAAAAACUAACUAAUCACAAUUUCUCUCAGAAAUGGUGUUUCACCAUCGCAGAAAACUUAUGCCAGAAAUCUGCGAGUCUCUCUGCCACGUGGAGCAGAAUUGUUCUUCAAACUGUGAUGAUUGCCUCAAAAUCUGCAUCACCAACCCCCAAUACUACUAUUAUUCCAAACCACCGCCACUGAUUCCUCCUCUCCCCUUAGACGAUACAUCAGACCAUGGAAAUAGCCACGCGCUCUCGUCCUACUUGGUCCUUGCUCUCUCUGUUAUCGGAGCUGCUUUCUUCGUUGUUAUUUGCUGUGCAAUAUUCACGAGGAUCUUCAUAAGGAGGAGAAGAUCCUUAUCGCCACCGUUGAGUCUUCGAACACAGGAUAAUACGCGUGAUGAUUUCUUUGUUGAUGAGGAGCACGGUUCUGUGGUAGACCACCCGAUCUGGUACAUCUGUACACCUUUUCGAGCUCUGUUAGCUAUUGAUUGUUUUGUAUGUAGCUUCUGCUUUCGUUUUAUUGGUUCCAUAGAGCUUCAAAUUGGAAGGAGGCUUUCUCUAAGGAGUUCUCGUUGCCAUCGACGGUUUCAUGCCUGGGCGGCUGUGGAGAAGCUUACUAUUGUAGAUGCAACAAAGAGAAAACAGUGUCCAGUCAUUUGAGAAGCUUCGCUAGGUUAGCUCCUUUUGCUGGUUUUGGUUCUUAGGUAUCUGAAAGUAAGUUAGAUGAACUUGAAGUGUUUUCUCUGUUGAAGGCACUAUGUCGCAUUUAUGUGUUUUUUACGUAGCAAUUUUUCAAUAGUCAUACAUGUUUAUGUCUUAUCAUUUUGAUUCUCAUCAUAACUUGUGGAAGCUAUGGAUUAAAUUAUAUGGUUCAUAUGAUCAUUUAGCUUCUAAAAAUGUUCAGAGUUGUUGCGGUUUACCAGAAAUUGUAGCUGUUCGAAAGUUGUUUUGUUUUUACCUUUCAGAUUGAAAUAUAUACAUGUAUUCCUUUGUAGUAUAUAUUACCUGAAAAACUUACGUUAAUUCUUCCUUCCUAAACAGGUUAGACAGAACCUUGAACAAGCUAAGAGCUUGGUGCAGGCUGUGAUCAAGGUAUGAUGUUCAAGUAGGGAUUCGAUCACCUAUUCUGAGCUUGUUCCACGAUUCUACUCUAGUUGUGAUUUUUUGUGUGUGGAUAAAUGCAUUGCUUUCAAUCAUUCAUCUUGGUUAAUUGUUUUUAGAACCCUAGAAUUGCAAAUUCUUAAUUAAUUAGUAUUCUAGCAAUACAGUAAAAUUCGUUAAACUCUUAUAGAUAUAGAAUGGAAUUGAACUUCUAGAUUAUGGCCUUCUCUAAAUCACUUAUUGCAGCAAAUAAAUUUAUCUAUGCAGAAAUUAUAGUAUUAGGAUUAUUUAUUACUGUAUUAUUCUUUCUUCUGUGAUUUGGAAGUUGUAGAAGUAGUUAGGUGAUAUGCUAAGAUAGAAUAUUGAAAGGUUCCUUUUUUUUCUUCUUCUAUUUUAUGACAUUCUUUUCAGCUUAAAUAUUAAUAGAAAAUAAAAUUAACUUUGUCUAUGACCUACUUGACUGAGGAGUGAGGAGCAGAUACUCCGAGAUGAUAUCAAGUUUAGUGGAAAAGCCCAAACAGCUUUUCAUGAAAGAUAUCAGGUAUGUGAUAACCAUUUAUAUCGCAUUCGGAUCUGCAUUCUCUUGGGAGAAAAAGAGGAACUAGAGGGUGUAAUCUGAGAGUCUCUUUGAGCACUGAUUUCAAAUAUUUGAGUUUAUAGAGGC